GUGUCUGCCCAGCAAAACAAAAAAGAGCAGAAAAAGAACCCGGGGCACCCUUGCUUUCUCCUGCCUUCCAAGGUUCUUUUUAGCACCGCCUCAUAUGCGUGAGCACGGAGCACGGGUAACACACCUUAUGUAACCUUGGGUACCUAGCAGCCUAGGUAGGCGGCAAGCAAGGCAGGCCAGGCAGGUCCGGCAGGGGAACAAGGGUAAGAAGCAUUGAUUUCAAAAUGAUUGCAAAUCCCCGGAGCUCCCCCCAUAGCUGAACAACAACUUCAUCAUUGUUUAAACAUCUCCCUCAUAUUUUAUCUCAGCCGCUUACGUUUAUCUUUACUCAGCAUAGAAACGCCACGCGACUUCUUCAAUUGUCUAAUAUUCGAUCCUAAUAUCGGAGCAAUUAACCAGAUGGCAUUCCAACUAUGACGCCGCUGAUCGUCCGCGCUUGGUUGUUCCCAUUGGGAUAAAUCUAGCCAGCAACGGUAGUAAAUUAUACCAACGACGGUAUUAGCAACAGCGGCCAUGUCUCGUAUUCACCUUAGAUCAAACUACCGUCGUCAUAAUCAGCAUCAGCAUCAGCAUCAAACACAACAACAACAACAACAAUGAACUCAUCUAAAAACUCGAGUGAGACCAAGAGGGGUCAUAACGCCUUUCAUCUUCCACCAUCCGAUCCUGAAUUGAUCUCUAAGAUACCAAGAAUUCUACCACACGAGCGCGUUUUUCCUAUCCAAAUAGGAACUGAGCUCUUCAAACUAUCCGGGGCCUCCCUAUCUUCUGACGCCCCAUCAUAUUUCUCACAAUACUUCCAAUGCCAGAUUAAGCAAGCUGAGGAAUCUAAGGAAGAUCUAACGACAGGUAUACGGACCCUCUACAUAGAUAGGGAUCCGAUCACAUUUAGAGACAUAUCUCUUCAUUUGCAAGGCUACCAUGUCUCCCCACGCGAUGGGACGCACUUUGUGCGACUCUUCGCCGAUGCUCAAUUUUAUACAUUACCCAAGUUAAUGUCACAGCUUUACGAGGAAUCCAUUUUCAUCUCUAUCGGUCAUCGCGAAUUCCAAAUCCCUCGUGAUAUUUUUACUGGGCCUGGAAACUCGCCCAACUUCUUUUCCUUGGGAUUUGGUGUUUUCUUUUCAUCGCGCGACGAAAUAUUUCCUGGGCUCGAUCGGGAAAAUCUAAUCCGGCCGCCUUCUAUUAUGCCACCCUCCGUUCCAAAUCGAUCCGCCGAUACUUUCUACGAAAUAUUACACCUUCUACGCGGGUAUCCAGUACGUAUUCGUGAUGAGGAGCACCGAGCUUCCUUACUCCGCGAUUGCCGAUACUUCAACUUCAAGGGUUUAGAGCAGAAGUUGAUCCCGCAUCAUAUUAACUAUAACUUAGCUCGAAGGCGAUGGGAGAUUACUCUUAGGCUCGAGGACAUUUUGAAAUCAGGCAUCUCUAUUGCUACUGACGUUAUGACGCCUGGCGGUAGCGUGGAGCCCGUCUCGGGAUGGGUGAAUUAUAUGCGUCCAUACGAAGAUGACAAGCAACACGAACUUAUCCUCGAGAUCGGCGGUGAAAACACAAAGUUGCAUCUCAAUAUUAUGCGGGCAGAGUUCUUCGGCCAGGUCAAGAUCCGCGUAGCGAGGCUAUUUGAAGUAAUCGCUACUAAACUUAACCUACCGCCAACGACUCAGCCUUUAGGACUCCUGAUGGCGUCGGGCGGGGCUAGCAGCCAACCGGCAACUCCGGGGAAUACUCCAUUAAGUGAAGACCUAGUCCGGGUAGUAAUUGAACCUGAAACACAUAUUCUCCUAGACGGAAAGACAUACAACAAUUUUACCGAAGUUGACGAAGUCGCGGUGGCCAUGUCAGCCUCAUCAUCGAUGGGCCACGGUGGGGAUCAAGACUCGCCGCUAUCUAGUAUAGGAGGAUAUCUCGGACCAUCCAGGAAGAGGAGGCGUAUAGAUCUAUCGAACCAUAUAUCAGACGAAUGGAUAGUUCGUACGGGGCAAUGGAGGCUCCGAAUCCAGGGAUCAAGGAAUGGUAAGAGCGCUAUCGAAUGUGUGCUUGUGGCUGUCAAGCUCGAGGCGUUUAGUACCGAGCAGGCCAGAAAUGCCCAGCGGGGGUUCUUAAGGGGUUGACACAUGUAGCCUGGUAACCCAUGAAAGGAAGAUGUGCACCGCGCGAUGGAAGAUGGUAAUUUUAGGGGGUAUCUAUCAAUCCACAUAGGUAUGGGAUGUGGGUGUGGAUGUGUACUAUCUACCUACCCGAUUUGAAUUUGUUGUUAUUUAUGUUUAUAUAAGCGUAUGAUUUCAAUAAAAAAUGCAUUAUCUGUUCCAGCUGGGGAUGGUCUGAUGAAGCGCUGUAUCGUUUGAGAUGUUCGUUGGGGCUAAUUUGCGCUGUAUACACCACCAACCCUACGAACUUACUAGCUAUUUUCAUUUAAUAAGUUAAGUCGCGGGUCUAUCCAUUUGAGCUCCCCCCAGCUAAAUACAUAGAUAAUGUAGGAGACGGGCUUUCAACAGUCAAUUAUUGGCGAGAUUUCGGUAAUGAUGUUAGUGAUAUCCAACCGAUUAGAAUAAAGAUAGCAUUGAUGAUUAAAGACAACAGGAAAACAUCGCAAUUAAUUACUUAUUAUAAGAAAUAAUUAUAUUGUUUGGUUCUCUCACUGCGAUACAGAUCCAAAUCCUACAGCUCCUACCAAACC